GGAGAAAAACCGACCCAGAUGGCGCUGCUGAAGAACGGCGUCCGGUUGUCGGGGUCGGGGGAGGAAAGAAAUCAUGGAGUCACCGUCGGGUGCACGUCAUGUUGGGCAGUUUUGUUCACCACCUACGGGAUGUUCUUUGCCGAGGAGUGCGUGGAGUCGUCUCGAUCAAGUUACAAAGUUGCCGGCAAACUAAAACCACUACUUUCUCUGCCGACCUGCCUGCCUUGUCAAAAAAAAAAUCGCUCCCGGUUCGCACCUUCCCAGUCAGGCGGGCGAACGAAUAGGGGUGCCAUGCCAUGUCGGGCCAGACCCUCUGCGUAGAGCUGAAAAAGCCAGCCAGCUGUAUCUCGUCGGAACGGAAGCCACAACUUUGACUUUGAAAGCUCGCGAGCUCACCCUUGUGUCGCCCCAACCUCGGCGCCUCUUCUCUCUCUUUCGGAUCCUGUAAUGCUUCUCCCGAGCAUCAAUGGCCGCCGCCGCCGACGAUGUGAAGAUCCAGCCUCUGUCGGCGUCCUCGACGGCCUAUGAUCUCGACGACAUGGGCGUCUCCUCCACCAAGCCCUUGCGGCCCAACAGCCGCCACUCCUCGGCGUCCUCGCAGCGGGCCGGGCCCAGCUACGCGUACGAGAAUUUCCACCGCGGCAAACAGCUGCGACGGAUGGGACUGUUCAGCCUCUGUCGCUGGCUCCUCACCGUCGCGCUCGCCAUGUCCAUCUACGGCGUCAUCUGGAGCUACGGGAACAAGGACGCCCUACCGGCCAGAAAGAAGAAGGAGUUCAACACGCUCGUCAUUGGCCUUUCCAUAGGCCUCAGCCUGAACCUCGCCAGCUCCCUCAAGAGGGACGUGGGCGAGCUGCGAUGGUGGCUGCUGAGCCAGCGCGAUUACACGCCCCAAGAGGCCGAUUUGAUCUUGCAGAGCGAGAAUCUUAGCCGGCUCAUCAUGCUGGGCUGGACGUCGCGUCGCCCACUCGUGCAUGCCUUUAUGCUUUUGUUCCUGGCGCUCAAUCUGGCCUCGCAACUUGCCCUUGCCCUACUCGGCAUCACCUACAAUGUCAACCCGGCCGAUAAAUUCACAGUCACUCAGCCGGGCAUGGUCGGUAUCCCAGACAUGUCCGACAUCCAGGUGCGGCCGGCACUUGCAAAUAACACUUCUCGGAAUCUUAACGAAUCUCAAACUAUCAAUGCGAGGCGAUACACCGCCAAUACCUUUGGUGUCGUGUCCCUUUCCCUUCAGUCGGCCCUUAUCAUCGACCUGCCCAAGCCCGGCAAAAUCUACAACCCAGACGACCCCUUACUGUUUUGGGACGAAGACAGGAAAACGUGGUCGUAUGUUUUCUAUGAAGCGACACCCGACGAUGAGCCAUUCCAGCCCAACGUUGCCUCGAACCGGUCGAUUUCUGUCUACGCUGAGUGCAAGGGUUGGCGUGUAGUGAAGGGCGGUGACGGACUUAACUACACCUUUACUGUCGACUUCGGCAACGGAACCAAGCAAGACUGGGAAACACCGUACAUAAACGGCCCAGAUCAGACCACGUUCCUCCACGACCCGUCGACACAAUCUGGGGACUUCUCGGGUCGCGUCGACGCCUUCGAGGCCUCCAGGACGGAGCCUUGGGCGUAUAGCUGCGAAAUCACCAUUGACCCCGUUGUAAACGCGGUCAUCAAGGAACAAGAAGUCGGCGUCAAUGUGACGCAGUACGCGGCACCAGCCAUUGCCCUCCAGGGAUACGGCUCAUCGCCGAACGGUCUGACAAACGACACCAAGCCGUUCCAGUGGCAAAGCUACCCGGCCGAGUCGUACUUUGGUGAAGCGUGUUAUGGCGCUGCCGACAGAAUGGCCCUGCUUGUCGCGAGGUUCGCGAUUGGCAGCAUCGCCGUCACGGCACAGACCAACCGAAACAUCAAGGCCCGUGGCAUGGCGCCUCUGAAGGGUAUCACUCUCGAGAUCACGAAUUGGACGUAUCUGCACCUCAUCCUCGGUCUCACAGUCGGCAUACAGCUGCUCAUUGCUGUCGUCUCGAUUCUCGUUGCCAACCGCGUGCAGGUACGGUGUCACAGCUUCCUCUCCAUGGCAGCGCUCAUUCGGCCCGCGCUGCAAGACGUCAGUAGCCGGGCGAGCGCGGCAGAUGGGCAGGAAGUCGCGUCCAUGAUGGGCAAGGAGACGCGGCUUCGAUAUGCUCGGGAACGUGGCGGUGGCUUCCAGAUUCGAUCAAGCGGGAUUUGAGGCAUUGGAUGAUAUGAUGCAUGUCCGUGUACACCACUAUGUGAUUGACGAAGCGACUGGAGUUUGGAAAAACAAAACAAAAUGUACUUGACAGAAGAUGCAAGGAUAUAUACCAUGGCCCGUGGGUGUAACUCGAAUGCCAGUUAU